ACCUUGCUUGUAGAGCAGACGCUUGCAUUUACUCACAAAAUAAAUUUCUAUUUCAAUUACAGUUAUUUACUUCCAGAAUAUCUUUUACUCACGGAAAGAAAUGAUGUUUGGUUUCCCAGCUGCUCUUUUGAAACAUGGAUAUAUACAUGGUGUGAAACACUUCAAAAGAUUUGCAAGCACAAAACUGCUAAGAACAUGCUUGUAUGAUUUCCAUGUUGAGAAUGGAGGUAAAAUGGUACCAUUUGCAGGGUGGGAAAUGCCAGUACAGUACAAAGACUCGAUAUCAGAUUCUCACAACAAUGUUCGCACACAGGCAGGAAUAUUUGACGUCUCGCACAUGCUGCAAACGAAAGUUAGCGGGAAGGAUCGGGUUCAGUAUAUGGAGAGCCUUGUUGUAGGGGACAUUGCGGGUCUGAAACCUAACCAAGGAACACUGUCCUUGUACACCAACAACACCGGAGGUAUAAUAGAUGAUCUGAUUAUAAACAACACAGAUCAGGGUUACCUUUAUGUUGUCUCAAAUGCUGGAUGUGCGGAUAAAGAUUUGCCGCUGAUGAUGAAUCAAGCCGAGAAUAUGAGAUGUAAAGGUCUAGAUGUAAAAGUUGAUGUGAUAUGUAAAGGAUUGUUAGCUCUACAAGGUCCAGGUAUGGUAAAAGUGUUACAACCAGGUUUAAAUUUUGAUCUUAGUGAGUUACCAUUCAUGACGACCAGGUCGGCCACGGUUUUUGGUAUAGAUGAUUGUAGAGUAACAAGAUGUGGUUACACAGGGGAAGAUGGGGUAGAGAUAUCUGUGGCUACAGAAAGAGCCGCAGAACUGGCUCAACAUAUGUUAAACAGCAAGGAUGUGGACUGUCGGCUCACAGGGCUUGGUGCUCGAGACAGUCUCAGGUUGGAAGCAGGGCUCUGUCUCUAUGGUAACGAUAUUGAUGAAAACACAACACCCAUUGAAGCUACCCUGGCUUGGACAAUAGGAAAGAGAAGAAAAGAGGAAGGAGGUUUCCCUGGUGCUGAUAUAAUUCUUAAACAGAUAAAAGACAAACCAAAACAACGAAGAGUUGGCUUUACCUCAUCAGGGCCUCCUGCUAGAGGAGGCACAGAAAUCUAUGAUGAAUCAGGAGAAAAGGUCAUCGGCAAGGUCACCAGUGGAUGUCCUUCACCUACUUUGAAAAAGAACGUUGCUAUGGGUUACGUGGGGCCUGCCUUUUUCAAACCAGGAACCAAAGUGAAAUUUCUAGUUCGCAAAAAGAUGGUGGAUGCAACAGUUACUAAAAUGCCUUUUGUACCAACAAAUUAUUUUUUUGGAAAAUAAUCUCUUUAGAAUAUUUUUAAAUAAUUGUAAAUAGUAAAAUAUUGAUAUUAUGUGUAAACUGUCAUGAAUUGCAUGAUUUCCAUAUAAACAUAUUUGUUUUUUGGGAGGGGUUGGGGAUAAAAGAGUACAUAAAUAAGGAGAAGGUGCAUGUGUUAAUUGAUUCGGGUAGGAUAGGGCAUUUGCAAACUAUUUGGUGCAGUCAGUUUAUAUUAUGUAUUUACCAGUAUUAUUUUUAACUUUUUUGGUCAGUUAUAUUGUAUAAAAUGUUAUAACAUAUAAUUCCUUUUGUGACCCAUUCUGUGAGACAGCAUUGGUGUGAUCUUUUCAUAGUGAAGAAAUGGAAAGGUGGUAAUCAGUGUGAUUAAAUGUUUGAUAGUAAAUUGUGCAUUAUAUUAUCAGUGUUUAGAUUUAAAAAUUAGGAUUUACAAUUAAAAAACAAUCUGAUCAUAUAGACAUACUUCAGGGCUUUGCUUUAUGACACACUUGUAAUGUUGCUUGCAUUCAAAGGGGUAUGCCAAUGGUACAGCAAUAUUUAAAAACAAGACUUUACGGGCCGGCGCACAGUGCCACACUUAUUUAUGUGCUUCAUUAUUUCAAUCUUUAACCUCCUGAAUUAGUAUAAUUGGUUGGCCCUGCUUUUAAUUUGGAACAGUCCAUUCAAAAUUUAAGGGAUUUCAAUAUCAAAAUACAAAACGUGAGCCACUAACAGUAAAGAGCUUGAUCAGACUGCAACAAUAUAGAACCUGUUUGGACUUUGCAGAUGUUUAGACUGGUCAGGCUCUAUAAUGGUGGCAAAGGUUUAUCACUUGAGGUUACAGAAAGUUAAUGAUUUAUAAUUCUAUAUGCCUUAGAUGGCUUAUACAUUGAGCUCUGAUUUUUAGCUUGACUAUUAGAAGAAUAGGGAAUAGAGUUAUUGUACUCACCUAGGUGUUGACAUCACAUUUUGGUUAAGUUUUUGUGUGCAAGUUGGUAUUGCAAAGUCUACUGAGGGGAAUGGAUUGAAACUUCUGUUUGACAGCAUCAUUAGGAGGUCACUGUCCAAGACCCAUAAUUCAAAUAUGUAUUUUGACAGAAUAAUGACCUUUUAGAACUUAGAAAAAAUCUACAUUACCUAGAAUCAUUAUUAACUAUCAAGCACUGAGAAAAGUCAAGCACACUGUUUUAUUAUUUUCCAUUCCUGAUUUUAAGAAUUUAUUUUUUAUGGUUUAGAAAAGUGAAAUCCAAUGCUUUAAAUGUAUUUGUAUUUUGUAGACAGCAUUCAAAAGCUGAACUCUAAAAAUUUUAAAAUCAAUAUUCAUUAAUAGUUUUUCCAGAUUAAUCAUUUACAAGGUGAAAUUUGUACAUUAAAUUUUCUUUUUCUAAAGAUUUUACUGAAAAUUAAUCAUGAAUAAUUACUGUACCUAAGUAUUUCAUGUUUUCCAGUAAUAGUUAGGUUUGUGAUUUUUAUUUGAUGUCAAAUGACUUGGUACAUGCAUAAAAUGUACAUUUUGAGUAUGAUAACACAACAUGAGUUCACUGUCACACGUGGCAUGUGCUGAUGUUGUCAGUGGCUAAAAUUUUAUUAAGACAAAAAAUAGAUAAACUAAUAUCCAUCGUGUAUCAGGGUAUUUCUUACUUAGAAAGCACGUCUCAUACAUGUACAAUAUUUGAAUUGUUAUUGAGUCAUAUUUUGUAUUGUUGUUAUGAAGUAUACAAAACAUUAAGGGGACUUCAUAACAUAACCACAAUUCCUCAAACAAAUGGUUUGGGGUUUUUAAGUUUUUUUUUCAGUGUAUGUAAGAGGAAUAAAGUUUACAGUUACACAAGGUUUGUUUGGAAAGUUUGUAUAAUUUCAUAAUAUUCUCAACAAUCAGGGGAACUUUAUAUAUUUUAAAACUUUAUAUUCAUAGACUUCAACAUCUUUUACAUUUAAUCUGUAAAAUUCAAUUCUAUACUUCAGACAGUUGUAGGUACUCAGACAUCAAAUUUCAACAAUACUGAUUGAAUAAUGUAAGAUAAUGCCCAAUUAUACAUACUUUCUGAACACCCCUCAUUGUAUAUACAAUAUAUAUAUAUAUAAAAUUGAUCUGCAGGUAUACUUAUCUGUUUGCUUCAUAUUUCACAAAAUCUCUAUAUCUAUAUCAAAUAAGAUCGGUUACAUUAUAUAUUGAAAAUCUAGUCACUGUUGAAUCCAAAUUAAUUCAUUUUUUACGUUUUAUAUUGUUAUAUUGAGGUGAUGUGUGUGCCUUUGUCAACUAACUUAUACUCGUAGGUCUAAUUUACGUGUUUACACAUCUUCUCUUUUUUAAAGAAUGCAAAUGAAGUGUCAUCAUUUGUAUUAGUUUUUGCUUUUUGAUAUCUUUGAAAAAUUACUAAGGAAAUGAAUAUACUAUUGAAAACCUGUCUUAUAUGUAUAGUGUUUGUCUAAUUGUAUUCAAUUUUAAAUAAUAAA